AUGCAACUGAAAAGCAAGUUUAACGUUCGUUUAUUGACUUUCGUCUUAGAACUAUUGGAACAGAGGAAUCGUGCCAAAUCAGUGAAAGAAGAAGCGGAUCUGACUUUGGAGAUUGCAGUCCUACAUACGGAAUCUGGUGAUCAUACUCAUGCAUUACGUGAGUUCACAAAGUUGUUGGAACUGUGGCAGUCGAAAGGCGAUAAGCUGCAGUGUGCUAUAUCUCAUCGAUUUCUUGCCGACUGCUGCAUCGAAUUAGAUGAAUACGAUCAAGCCAUCAGUCAUACAAAUCAGUAUCUAAGACUAGCUACUGAAUUAGGCAACAAGUUGGAACAGCAACGUGCUUUUGUCACAUUGGGGCGUUGUUUUCUCAAUCGAUCGGAGGCCAUGAAGGAUGGUGAUUUCGUCGAAAAGAAUCUGAAAUCGGCUGCUCAGGCCCUUUUAAACAGUAUUCAAAUGAUCACUGAGUUCACCGGAGAGUUGGACAGUAAACAGCUGGGUGAGAUGCGCGCCGUUUCACUGCUAAAUCUCGGUCAAGUUUUUCGUGCACAGCGUGAGCGUACCGCAGCUCUGGAACGAUUCACUCAGUGCAUUUCGUUGGCACGCAAAUAUCAACUGCAAAAGCUCCUUUUUCGUGCAUGCUACCAGAUCGCCGAUUUGUCUAUGAAUACUCCGCCUACCCAUAGUUAUGAGCCGGUGAAUCGCUCUGGCCUCAUUACCCUUAUGAAUUCGGCCCCGUUGCGCAACGUGAUGACCGUUUUACAAAUGGCAUUGGUAUCUCCCAUGGCCAAAACCAACGUGGAUCAAGAGUCGAAGGAGUUGAUCAAAAGUUUACGGGAAUCGAUGGCUCAGAUUUACUUGUCGAUUGGACAGUUUCGCAAGGCUGCAAAGGUUUAUCGUCUGUUGAAGCUACACAAUCCAAACUCGUCGGAUUACUGCCGACAACUGAUUCAGAAAUGCAUGCGUUUAUCCAAGCUAAUGUACACCAUACCCGAAUCUGUCCCGUUCGAUUUGGAGACAUUUCGAACUACUUCGCGUGCUCACGAAAGAAUGGGUGACAUUUACUCCGGAUUGGAAAUGCAUGGACUGGCGUUGAGGCACUAUCAAUUCAUGCUGACACACGCUGAGAGGGCUUACAGUGAGUGUACAACGACGGAUACUGCGCGAACAGCUUUAGCUAAGAUUGUCGAUGCCGCACUGGUCUCAGUGGCCGAAACGUACCGUGCAAUGAGCGAGUAUGAUUGUUGUGUGGACACGUAUCGUCGUGAAAUCGGUUGGGUCACCGCAACCUCGUUACCCAAUGCGGAUUUGGCUAGCAGUUGGUUCAGUCUUGCCCAAGCACAACGUUUGACGUGUGAGAAAGAUCGGGCCGGGAGUAAUUCCUCAGUUCUCUCCGGAUCUUCCAACACAGUGGAGUCGUUGAAUUUCGCGCUUCAAGCGGCUCGAUCAGCAGGCAAUACCACGCUUGCGAUGGAAAUAUUGGAUGAACUGAUUGACUACCACCAAGAACAUCGCAAUACAGACCAUAUUGCUCAGUUGAAGGAGGAACAUGCGAUCUACAUCAGAAGUCAGCCAUCAUCGGAAGAACACGAAGGACCUAGCAACGAUGUCAAAACGAAAAACGGGAAUUCGCCUAAUGAUGAAGACGACGACGAUGAUGACAACGCGGUGACCCAGUUCAUGGAGGCUCUUUCCUCCGAUUCCGGUGAGUCACGAAUAGAAUGA